AUGAGGGAGGUCCGGGAUAUCACUGAUGUGGAAGGUGAUUGGGAUGUAACUAUCGUUAAUCAAAUUUUCCCUCAAUUUGUAGCAGCCUCUAUUUUCAAAGAGCAAUCCCCUAAAUAUAAUUCCAACUUGGAUCAUUUGGUUUGGAAAGGGUCCUUUGAUGCCACAUUUUCCAUUUCUAGUGCUUUUGAAAUUGCUUCUGAUUAUGAUGGGAAAGACGAGGAUUGGCAGUGGUUGUGGAAAAAGAAAAUUCCACAAAAACUGAAAGGUUUUUUGUGGACCGUCUUACAUGGCAAACUUCUUACUAACAACAUGAGACCGAAAAGAAGGCUUUCAAAUAACUCUUGUUGCCCAUUUUACAGUGAAAAUGAAGACCUCAACUAUGUCUUUAGAGCAUGCCACAAAGCCAAGUUUGAGAGUUUGAAGUUUAUUCUUAAUUACUCCACCGAAAUUGAUCUUGCUUUUAGCUUAUCUAUUAUUAAUCAUAGACUCUCAUUUAGACUUAUUGAAUGGUCUCGUUCUCCUGUUGGUACUCUAAAGCUGAAUAUAGAUGGAAGCAAAUGGAGUAAGAGACCAAAUGGAUUUGGAGGUCUCAUGAGAGGGGUGCUUGGAUAUGCGACUACCACAGAAGGAUGGACAGCUAUACCAGUCUUGAAGCUGAAUUAUAGGCAGUGUAUAAAGGUCUCAUAA